AUGACUCCGAUCUUAUUAGUCGUUGCUUUCGCUGCUUUGUCAGCUGCUGCUCCACAAUUGCAACCAACUCAACCACCAGUACCUAUCCUCAGAGCCGAAACCAACCACAACUUGGACGGAAGCUACAACUUCCAAUACGAAACUGCCAACCAAAUCUCUGCCAGCGAACAAGGAGCCGUUAAAAACCCAGGCACCGAUGCUGAAUCUCUUGCCGUUCAAGGAACUUUCUCUUACGUAGACCUCGAUGGAAACCAAAUCACCGUCAACUACGUUGCUGACGAAAACGGUUUCCGUGCCGACGGUGCUCAUCUUCCACAAGCUCCACCAAUCCCACCAGAAAUCCAAGAAGCUCUUGCACAAAACGCUGCCGAAGAAGCUCGUCUUACUCCACAAGAACUCGAAGCUCUUAACUCUGGAAGAUACGUAGGAAACUAA